UCUUGUGUACCUGACAAGCCUACUCUGAGGAACACUAAAUUAUCCAUUUCCAUCCCUGCCCCAGAUUUCUAAUGUCCUGGACGUUUUGCAUAGAGCCACUUCUGUGUAUCACUUUGGAAAUAACUAAGACCAGACUAGAGCCCCGAUUCUCUGCUGAUUGUAUUGAGACGAUUUUAGUAUCGACAGAGUUCCCAAUGUAUGUCUUCAGUCAGCACGGAUCUCUCACUUAACCAAUUGUAUACACAGGAAGAAGCAAGCAAUGACCUGCAAGAGGUGCAAUAGAUCCCUACAGCCCUUUGGAGUAUUGGUUGGCACGAAGCCAGUGAUCUUCAACUCUGUGAAUGUCUAUAUGUGAUAAAACUGUAUUCUUUAUUUGUAUUACCAUAGCACCUUGGAGCCCUAGUCAUGGACCAGGAUCCUGUGGUGCUAGGCGCUGUACACACACAGGACCCACAGGAGUUUACAAUCCAACUCUAAGACAAGAGACGACAGAUGGAUACAGACACGCUGGGAGUACAAAUAAAGAAUGAGUGAGCUGGAGAAGCUGGGCUUGGGAGAUGGUGUGGAUCUGUAUGUAUAUGAAAUCCCAGUUGAAUACCAAACAGUACAAAGACUAAUUCCCGCAUUGUGGAAAAAACACAGUCCGCAAUUGGUGGUUCAUGUGGGUGUAUCAGGUAUGGCUACAACCGUAACAUUGGAAAAAUGUGGGCAUAACGUAGGAUACAAAGGCUUAGACAACUGCCGUUUCUGUCCAGGCUCUCAGUGUUGUGUAGAAGGUGGCCCAGAAUGCAUCGAUUCGAUUAUUGACAUGGAUGCAGUUUGCAGGAGAGUCUCAACGCUGGGACUUGAUGUCACGGUUACUAUAUCCAAGGAUGCUGGCAGAUAUCUCUGUGAUUUCACUUACUAUACUUCCUUAUACCAGAGCCAUGGCAGGUCUGCAUUUGUUCAUGUGCCUCCACUGGGAAAACCAUAUACUGCAGAACAGCUGGGCCGGGCACUACAGGCUAUCAUAGAAGAAAUGCUUGAUGUUUUGAAGCAUUCUGAAGGCAAAAUCAAUUGUCGCCAUGAACACUGAAGCUGGGCAAAACUCCUACCACUAUUGCACUUCCAAAAUAUUCCCCACUACUAAGUACUGGGGAAGCAGCCUGUCUGAAAUGUACAGAAAAAGAAUCAGAGACUUCAGAAUGAAAGUUAAUUCCACUUCCAGCAAUUCUGUGACAUUCUUUUCUUCCUGUGUGAAUUUCAUCUUAAACAAGAAAGGAUUUCAAGUCUGUCUUUUAAACCACCUGCAACUACUUAUUUCCUGAAGUGGCUGAAAAAUGUGUGCUGUGUUUCCUACAGAGGAUAUCUGUAAAUCAAGUGACAGCUAUUGAGCAGUCUAAUACAGUGCAGAUGGAAAGGUUUACACCUGGAAUCAGAGUUCGUGUGCAGGGAAUUGAUAAUACCAUCUUCUGAUUAAAGUCCUUAGUUUAAAAGAUUUGCUGAUUUUAAAAAAAAUUAAUAGGUUUUAAUGUAAAAUUAUAGCUAUAAGCAGUUGGCAUAGAAGACUGUGGGCUUAUUUGGGUUUUAAACAGUUCUUGUUUGGGAUGGGGAGUCAUUUAUAAUUGUUUUAGAGGGGCACUGAAUCUUUUUUGCCAGUCCUAAAAUACCCGUGCAUUAGUGUGGACUCCUGUUAAGACUUUAAUAGUGCUGCAAACAGAAGGGGUACAUGGUUUUGAUUUCUCAUGUUGGGGAGUACUUGAGACACCCAACCUGCACCAAAUAUUUCUGAAAAAUGAUUUUUAUUGUGCUCUUAAUACCACCUUCCUUGCUCAGAUUAACCAUAUACCUCCUUUACGAAACACAUUGUUUCAUAUGUGUAUAAAAUAAAACUUAUAGCGGUUGGAAAAGCUUUGCUAGUGACCACUGUUUCCACAGGGGUCUCUUUUCCCAGAACCUCAAUGCUAGAGCUUACCCUGCCCCUGUACCAUAAAAACAACUUGGUACUCUCCUCCUUCUCCUUCUCCUACUACUAAAUGUUUGUUCUGUUUCGGGAUUGGAGGAAGAAUAACAUCUAGGGACUUGUCCGCACAGUGCGGCAAAGCGCUCUAGCGGCUUGUGCUCCAGCUGUCCCUUGAAGACCCUGCUGGUACGCUCUAACAGGUUCCUAGUGCGCGUUGACAGAAUCCUGCUUCAACACUGAAUUCAUACGCAACACGUUAAAGUGCUUUACAAAUCACACCCCUCUAGAGUGCGUUAGCGUGGCAUGUAGACAAGCCCUGAAUUAAAUAUUAAGUUACAGAGUCUUGGCUUAUUAUAGACAUAAAUACGCCAAAAUGUGAGUGAAAGGCAACCCCGCCCCACAGCUAGCAGGCAUUCAGCCUCACCCAGUGCCACCCCUGCUGCAGACCCAGAGUUGCAAUGAUCUUGUUCACUCUGUGCUGAGCUCUGUGUUGGUGCUUCUCUUGGGGCACCGGGAAGGAAUGACCAGAAGGUACCACGGCUUCCAUUAUUAUCUGUAUUGUCUCCGAGGCCCCCGUGUGGCUCCACUGGGCUAGGUGCUGUACACAUCCACACACUGGUUCCUGCUGCAAAGAGAGUCCUGCAGCUCUGAUUUCCAGUCCCGUGCCUCCGUUCCCAGCGAAAGUAACAGAGCUCCUCUAGUGGCCUACAGCCAGGAGAAAAGCAGUCUGAUUCUCCACUGCCUUGCCUUUCUGGCCAUUAUCGACACCAGUGCAAACCAAUUCUGAUCCAUCUACACUAGGAAAAUCAGGACCCAGGGUUCUCUGCUGGGGUCACUCACCCCAGUGGUAGCAAACAUGCACUUUUCUGACUGGUCUGUUCUAGUCUCAAAACCAAUUGUAGGGGGCAUGAGGCAUCAGGGGCAAGUACAUGCCCCCAUUCUAGCUGCAGCCUCUUGGGCAGCAAAACUUUCCGCAGGAGCGUUGUUGUGGGCCUGGUCCCAUUCUAUAAGUUUUUAAGAAAUACAUGAUGAGAAGGGCUAAACUGAGACUUGUAUUUUAAAACUUCACUCAAAAGGGGCAUUACUGGGUGGCCUCCACGUGCCCUCUGUUUGGUGAGAUGAUCUCAUUCGUAACAUUGAGGCUAGGUCUGAAGUGCUGCUGGCUCUGCAGACUUUCCAAAUGCAGCCCUUGGAAAGAUGGGUCUAGUGUUCUAGCCAAGAUUCAAAAAGGUCUUUGAACUAGUAGUAUGUGACCUUGACUCUAAAUUGUGAUGUAAGUGAAAGGUGCAUAAUGCCACAACAAAAGUAACGCUUAAAUUGGUACUAGCUAGCAUGUCUUUUUAGGGAGCCAUUUAAAUAAGAACUUGUGACUAGUUCUAAUACUUUUACUAAAAUAGAUAUUAAACUACGUUUUGAAACCUGUUAGAAAUAUCUUUAACUGUUUUAAGUUCUCUAAUUAUGAAUGAUUCUACUAUAGUAUCUCUCAAUGAGAGCUGCCACUUUACUACUACUUCCCACCAGGAAGUCUAGUGACAAAGAAAAUACAUUUGAAUGCAUGAGAGAGGUUGGAGACUUCUGCAGUUUUGUUAAGGCAACUCUUUUGCUUGGGAAGCUAGUGCAUGGAGAUGUUCAGGUAUACUUUUGGGUUACUUAAGAUUGAUUUUCUGUGGAAAUAUCUCCGUUUUCUUCACAGCUUUUCUGAUUGAUAGAACUUGCUUUAAAAGUCAAUGUACGGUCUCUCCUGUGCAUUAAAUGCAGAGUAGCACUUCUUUGUCAGGCUUUCAGCAGGCAGGUCAGAUCACAAUUUCCUGUUUAGUAAUUUAUUAUAUUUAAUAUUUUGUUUAAAUAUUGGUGAUUUUACUCAUUUUUGCGAAUAGCGGAGGUAAUGAUCUUGUAGCUUUCCCUUUCAUUGGUAAGCAGUUCUGAUCAUCAAAAUGCAUCUUAACUGCUGAACCUCUUCAAAAGAGAGAAUUAUAUAUAUAGAUAUAUUCCAUUAAAUAUAGCAGCUGACUUUUACAUAAUUUCUGAAACCAUUUAAUUUCCACUUUAAAAAGAUUCCUGGCUAUGAACAAAAUGGAAGCAGAGCUCCACGGCUGAGUGAGAUAGAAUGACCAUAGAGUUGAAAUUCCAUGGGAUGGUCUCAUAAAGGGCUGCAGAUACACUACAAGGAACAUAUGGUUGUUGAUGGCCCCAGAAAGUCACAGGUGAGGCUGCCCCUAAACAGAGAAGCUAAAGCUCAGCUUGUCUGCAGAACUUUUAUUGGUUCAUCUUGGCAGGUAUCUGCUUGUGUGGGCCACCUGUCUGCUGAACAUUCCUCCUAAUUCAGUAAGGGAAGACUAGCAGCUCUGAUCCUCUGGAUCGUUGGCCAGUUUUACAUCUCAUUUUGGUCAACGUUUCCAGUUCUAAAUUGGACACUCUGUCAACAUCUUCCUGUUGAAUGUUCAGUUGUAACUUUGAGUGCAGAUAGUCCUUAAGGAGUUUGCAGAUGGUCAGCCUCAGAG